AUGUUACAACACUCUCCACUGCGCCGGAGCCCUCGUUUGAAAGGUGAUAGCGUAACAUCUGAACCUUCUGAUGGUACACAGCCAGUGUCAUCCGCAGCCAGCGGCACACAAACAACUACACAAGCAAGAGAUGCCGUUAAAAUUAAAAACGUGACUUCCACACCACCCGUCCAGAUGCAGCCAGCAUCUACCGAUGAUAGUAAAACUGCUACAUCUGCCAAUGCCAAAGGUGCUCAACAGACACAGUCCGUGUCAAAACCACCAGCAAGCCAUUCCAAAGUCAGCACACCAGUUCAGACGCUACCGAAGACAUCAUCUACCAGCGUGCUAGAAAUGCAAAAACACAUUGCCAUGUUACAGCGUCAACUUUCGGAUGCUCAGGUGAAGCUUUCUGACAGUAAUCGCCAGUGCCAAGAACUACAGUCAGCUAUCCAAAGAAAAGACCAGGUAAGUGACCAUAACCUCAAACAUGUUAGUGCUUCGCAAUCAACAAUUUCCGCCAUUGACCAACCGCCACCAACAACAUUCGCAUUGCAUUAUAUAAGUCAACCAACGAAUACAUCGACAACUUACACAGCCGCCAUGUCUUGUAUGCAAACUGCUUCGACAUCCAGCAGCAUCGCUGCACUGCCGACGCAAGCAGCACAGACAUCAAACGAUUCGUUGGUUCUGCCGUCAUUUUGUGAUACAAACACAAACAUGCCUUCGAUGCAAACAGCGCCUACUAUUACAAACAGAACCAAUACGCCGACGCAAGCUGCACCUGCAUUUAAUCACAUGUAUGUGUCGCCCGCCACAAACAAUCCGAUACCGCCAUUUUGGGAAUUAAGUCAACAGCCCUCUACUGCAAACACAAUCCCGAAUUCAACCAUCAUGCCAAGGAAAACUCAAGAUUUGCCAGACUUUUGCGGCGAUCCAGAAGACUGGCCCUUAUUCUACACAGCGUUCACUCAGUCGACUGCAGCGUAUGGUUAUACGAAUUUAGAAAAUAAUCAACGUCUACAAAAAUGCCUAAAGGGAAAUGCGCGAGAAGUAAUUAAAUCUUUGUUGAUUCAUCCUGACAACGUUGAUGCCGUCAUAGAGCAACUUAAAUUUCGGUUCGGCCGCCCUGAGCAGCUCAUCCAUAGUCAGCUACGUCAAGUAAGGGAUUUGCCGCAAGUUUCAGAAAAUAAUUUAGUAAAGCUGGUUCCGUUUUCCACUAAAGUUAAAAAUUUAGCAGUUUUUUUACAAUCAGUGAAUGGUCAACAGCAUAUAGCUAAUCCGACUUUAUUGGAAGAGUUGAUAGCGAAACUGCCCAUGAGCAAAAAAUUGGAUUGGGCCAGAACAGCUGCAAGUAUUCAACCAUACCCUACUAUUAUUGAUUUUAGUAACUGGCUUAGUGAUGUGGCCAACUUAAUAUGCAGUGUUCAGGAAGUUGACCAAAAAGAUCAGAAACGCCGAGUCUUACUACAUACCACCACGGCAAACCAACCAAAAUGUCCUAUAUGUCAAAAUCCUCAUAAAAUUUAUGAUUGUGAUCGUUUUUUAAAUAUGAAUACACAGGAUCGAUGGAAGGAAGUAAAAAGGAUUCGAGCGUGUUUUUCAUGUUUGAACGUUGGUCAUACCACCCGAGAAUGCCGCCGUAAGAAAACAUGCUCGAAUAAUGGAUGUCAACGCAAGCAUAACAAACUACUUCAUGAGAACACACCUUGUGAUCCAUCCUCUACAUUGCCAUGCCCUACCAACCAACCUCAAGAAAAUGUCCUCAGCUGUUCUGCUAAAAGUAACAACAAAUUGUUAUUUAGAGUUUUACCUGUAACAUUGUAUGGUAAAAAUUGUCAUAUGGAUAUAUAUGCCCUGUUUGAUGAUGGCUCAUCCAUUACAAUGCUAGACAGAGAAGUGGCAGAUAAAAUUGGCGUCCAUGGAAAAAAUUGCCCUCUAAAUAUCCAAUGGUUCGGUGGAAGAUCAGCCUGUGAACCAGCUAUAUCGUUCAACGUUAAGAUAAGUGGGAGCAAUAGGAAGAGUUGCCACCUACUUAAAGAUGUGUAUGCUGUUUCUAAUUUAAACUUGCCCAUGCAAAGCCUAACGCACGAAGAAAUUGAAAAGGUAUUUAAAGGUUCACCUCAUUUACCGGUUAAACCCUACACCAACGUAGUGCCAAAAUUAUUAAUCGGUUUAGAUCAUGCAUUUUUAGGGUUGCCAUCUAUCACCAAUAACAACAACAUGACAGGUCCAUUUGCCUGUAACACUGAAUUGGGCUGGGUGGUGUUUGGUCCUUGUCAUAGACUAUCACCUAUACAACAAUCGUGCCUUUUUGUAAAUGUCAAAAGAGACGUCGACCUUCAUCAAAUAGUGACCGAUUAUUUUAACGUUGAAAAUAUGGGUGUAAGGGCAGCUCCUAUUGUGGAAUCUGAUGAAGAUGUCAGAGCCAAGCGGAUUUUGAAUGAGUCUACAAGAAAAGUUGGUGAUCGAUUCCAGACAGGUUUAUUAUGGAAAUAUGAUGAAGUGAGCUUUCCAAACAGUUAUUCUAUGGCACUUAAGCGCUUAGAAGGUAUAGAAAAGAAAAUGAAGCGUGAUCCAGUCUUCUCCAAAGCGUACAAAGAAGUCAUGCAAGGAUAUAUUGAUAAAGGAUACGUACGUAAGCUAUCUUCAGAUGACAUCAAAGUGACCAGUUUCAGAAAAUGGUAUUUGCCACAUUUUGGGGUAACCAAUCCCAAUAAACCGAACAAAUUGAGGUUAGUUUUCGAUGCCGCCGCCAGUGUACAGGACAUUUCUUUGAAUUCACAAUUGCUGAAAGGACCCCAAGAUAUUGCGUCUUUGCCGUCUACGCUUUAUAAUUUUCGCCGCGGUCAAAUUGCUGUUGGUGCCGAUAUUCGCGAAAUGUUUCACCAAAUUUUAGUGCAGCCAUGUGAUAGAAUCUCACAAAGAUUUCUUUGGAGGGAUGGAAAUACAGCAAAUCCACCGUAUGAAUACGAAAUGGUAGUUAUGACUUUCGGAGCCGCCUGUUCACCAUCCUCGGCAUUAUAUGUCAUGAAAACCAAUGCACGAGAUCAUCGCGCUUUCCAUCCUCGAGCCAUUGAAGCUAUAUGCGAUCACCAUUACAUGGAUGAUUUCGUUGACAGCUUUGACAGUGUAGAAGAAGCUGUAAGUAUUUCAAAACAAGUGAGAGAAAUUCACAAAAAUGGUGGAUUCGAACUAAGGGGCUUUAUCUCAAAUUCCGACGAGGUCAUUACAACCCUGGAUGGUAGUUUAAUAUCAAAACAAAUUCCUGCCAAUGAUGGUACAGAAAGGGUACUGGGUUUGUUUUGGGAGCCUUCUAGUGACAAUUUCAUGUUUAAUUUAAAAUUUCAUCGAGUUGACAAACUUGUCAUGUCUGGCCAACGUAGCCCAACUAAAAGAGAAGUUUUAAGCAUUAUAAUGUCAACAUUCGAUCCUCUUGGUUACUUGAGUCAUUUUACAGUGGGUGGGAAGCUACUAUUACGACAAAUUUGGAAGAGUAAUUGUCUUUGGGACGAACCAAUACCCAAUGCUUUAAAUAGUUCCUGGAAACGUUGGAGGAGUCAAAUGAACAAUAUUGCCAAUUUUAGAGUUCGCCGUUUUUAUUUUUCGUUUGGGAAGCCAACAUCUCUACAACUUCAUAUUUUCGUAGACGCCAGUGAAGAAGCAUUUGCUGCAAUUGCCUAUUGGAGAUAUAUUGGUGAUGGUGACAUUUGCACUAGUUUUAUAAUUUCAAAAACAAAAUGUAGUCCUUUGAAGAGAGUUACUAUACCCCGGCUAGAAUUGCAGGCAGCAGUUCUCGGUACACGUUUGAAGCAGAACAUUUUAAGUGAGCACAGCCUUGUUCCAGACAAAUGUGUAUUAUGGAGUGACUCUAAAACUGUGCUAAAAUGGAUUGCUAGUAAUCACAGAAGAUAUAAACCAUAUGUCGCACACCGUGUAGCAGAAAUUCUUGCUUCUACAGAUGUUGAAAAUUGGAGAUGGGUAUCAACAAAAGACAAUGUAGCAGAUGAAGCCACGAGAUCAUCAAACAAUGUGGAUUUUUCCUCUUCUUCUCGUUGGUUAAAUGGACCAGCCUUCCUGAAAUUGCCUGAAGAAGACUGGACAAAAGGCGAGAUUGAAAUUUCAAAAGAAGUAGAUGAAGAAGAAAUUUCCCAAAAGAUGUCAUUAAUAAUUAUAAAUGAUAAUAUGGUUGAUUUUAAUAGAUUUUCAUCUCUUUGUCGUCUAAAAAGAAGUUUCGCAUGGGUACUAAGAUUUAUAAAUCAUUGCCGAAAAGAGUAUAACGUUUUACAAAAACAUGGUCUCACCUCCCGUGAAGUAGAAUAUUCUGAAAAAUUACUAUGCCAGCUAGUCCAAAGGGAAGCCUUUCCAGAUGAACUUAAAUUGAUUAAAAAUAAACUAUCUAUACCAAAAACCUGUCAUUUGUAUAACCUGAUGCCGUAUGUUGAUGAUGAUGGACUGUUAAGGGUGUAUGGAAGAAUAGAUGCUGCUAGUUACUUGCCCUACAGUUCAAGGCGGCCAAUAAUUCUUCCCAAAAAUCAUAAUUUUACAAAACUUGUUGUCAUGCAUUAUCAUUGUCAGAUGAUGCAUCAAAAUCAUGAAGCGACGAUUUGUGAAGUACGCAAAAAAUUUUGGAUACCUCAAUUAAGAAGCUUACUAAAAACGAUCGUAUCUAAUUGUCAACAAUGCAAAAUUAAAAAUGCCAACCCUCAAGCUCCAAUUAUGGGACCACUUCCAUUUGAUCGCCUGGAGCCAAAUAUUGAGCCUUUCAAAUAUACUGGACUAGACUACUUUGGUCCUAUAAAUGUGUCAAUUGGAAGAAGGACAGAAAAGAGGUGGGUGGCGCUCUUUACGUGCCUCACGCUUCGGGCAAUUCAUUUAGAAUUAGCCUACGAUUUGUCAACGGACUCGUGCAUAAUUGUCAUAAGGAACUUUAUAAAUCGUAGGGGAAUACCCGCCAGAAUCCGUUCUGAUAACGGCAAAAACUUUAUUGGUGCCAACGAAGAGGCCAGACGAUUUAGUGAAGUUUUCGAUGCUAAGAGAAUCCAAAACGAAAUGUCAAUGAAAGGCAUCGAAUGGAUUUUCAACUGUCCUGUUAAUCCAUCUGAAGGUGGUAUUUGGGAAAGGAUGGUACAGUGCGUGAAGAAGGUAUUACGACAUACAUUGAAGCAGAUUUCUCCCAAAGAACAUGUAUUACACUCAUUACUAAUUGAGGCUGAAAACGUCGUUAAUUCGCGGCCAUUAACACACUUGCCUAUUAGCCCACAUGAAGAGGAGCCGCUUACCCCUAACCACUUUUUAAUUGGCAGUGGAAAUGUUGCCAAUACACCAUCUGUUGAAUCACCUGAUAUAAAACCCUUCACUAUUAAAAAACAAUGGCGAGUUUCAAGGUGUUUGAGGGAUAGAUUCUGGAAGAAGUGGGUUAAUGAGUAUUUGCCAACGCUGACUAGGAGAGUGAAAUGGUGUGAACGUACUGUUCCAAUCAAAGUAGGAGACUUGGUGUUCAUCUGCGAUCCGAAUGUUCCAAGAAGUCAAUGGCGGAAAGGUUUGGUCACAUGUGUUUAUGCUGGUCCCGAUGGUGUGGCACGAAGAGUCGAUGUGAAGACUUCCACCGGUAAGUUGCAGCGCGCUGUGUCCAAGCUAGCCGUUCUGGACGUAGAAAGUGGUGAAGCUGAUAGCUCCACGGGGGCGGGAGUGUUCCAGAAUGACCCUGAAUGUAUUUCAUAG